AGGUCAUGUCGAUGAGAAGUGUGUAACCACAUACAGCUGGAACACGUAGCUGCUCAUUUGAGGCAACACGCUGUCGUAUCUCUUUCUGUAACCAAUCACAAAGCAACACACCGGCAACGUGGUCUUUAGUCUUUGGUUGGCGUAAUAGAAACGCUCCGCAUAAUGGUACAGAAGCGUGUGUAAAGCAAAGUGAAAUGUGUUUCGAUUAAUAGUACUUGCGAAAAUUAGUUUUAGUGUCUUUCGUCGCAGUGGUUCUUCGUUUGCUUGAGUAAUUAAAGAUCUAGUUCCAGUGAUGCGGCUGCUGGUGGCCAUUUCCGUUGUGCUGUCACUUCUGCACACAGUGCAACAUGCAGACGGCAUAGCUGUGAUGAGUGUGGAUUUGGGCUCCGAAUGGAUGAAGAUUGCUAUUGUAUCGCCUGGUGUACCGAUGGAAAUUGUGCUGAACAAAGAAUCGAAGAGGAAAACACCUGCAACUAUCGCUUUCCGGGACGGAGAGCGAUCGUUUGGUGAGGAUGCACUCGUGGUUGGAGUGCGGUUCCCCCAGAACAGUUACAGCUACCUGCUCGACUUGCUGGGGAAGAGUGCGGACAAUCCUUUGGUACAACUCUUCCAGAAGAGGUUCCCCUAUUACAAAAUAGAAGCGGACCCUAACAGGGGCACGGUAGUCUUCAGGCAUGACAGCGAGUCGGUGUACAGCGUCGAAGAGCUGCUGGCGCAGAUGUUGCAGUCGGCGCGGCAGAUGGCGCAGGCAUCGGCGGGGCAGCCGGUGAAGGAGGCGGUGCUGACAGUGCCCGGCUUCUUCAACCAGGCAGAGCGCCGGGCGCUGCUGCAGGCAGCUGAGAUGGCUGGCCUCAAGGUGCUGCAGCUUAUCAAUGACUAUACCGCUGUUGCAUUGAAUUACGGCAUAUUCAGGCGGAAAGACUUCAACGAGACAGCUCAGUACAUAAUGUUCUACGACAUGGGAGCCAGCAGCACCACAGCAACAGUUGUCAGCUACCAGAUAGUCAAGACUAAGGACCGCGGCUUCGUCGAGACUAACCCGCAGCUCGCCGUACUGGGAGUUGGAUACGACCGAACAUUGGGCGGCUUGGAGAUGCAGCUCCGCUUACGCGACUACUUGGCGAAAAAGUUCAACGAGCAGGGAAAGACGAAGAGCGACGUGUUUGGCAGCCCCCGUGCCCUGGCGAAGCUUUUCAAGGAGGCCGGUCGAUUGAAGAAUGUGCUGAGUGCCAACGCCGAGCACUAUGCACAGGUGGAGGGUCUUUUGGACGACGUGGAUUUCAAACUGCUGGUGACGCGCGACAUUUUCGAAGAGCUGUGUGCGGAUCUGUUUGAUAGGAUACAAAAGCCAGUAGAACAAGCUCUCAAGGCAUCUGGGCUCGACAUGAAUGUCAUCAGUCAGGUAAUCCUUGUGGGGGCUGGGACACGCGUGCCGAAGGUGCAGGAGCGGCUGGCAGCAGCGGUGGGCCUCGAGCUGGGGAAAAGCAUCAACACGGACGAAGCGGCAGCUCUAGGAGCCGUCUACAAGGCAGCUGACCUCAGCACUGGCUUCAAGGUCAAGAAGUUCCUCACUAAGGAUGCCGUCCUCUUCCCCAUCCAGGUGGUGUUUGAACGAGAAUUAGAAAAUAGUGCUGGAACAAAACAGAUUCGUCGAACCCUCUUUGGCCCGAUGAAUCCCUAUCCGCAGAAGAAAGUGCUCACAUUCAAUAAGCAUAUGAAUGACUUUUCGUUCUAUGUAGGCUAUGGGGACCUUGAUAGUCUUCCUGAACACGAGAUACGAGCCCUCGGUUCGCUCAACCUGAGUCGUGUGGACCUUACUGGGGUGAGCGAGGCACUGUCCAAGCACAAGGACUCGCACGGAGUGGAAUCGAAGGGUAUAAAGGCGCACUUCUCGAUGGACGAGAGCGGCGUGCUGCAGCUGUCUGGAGUGGAGCUCGCCCUGGAGAAGACAGUCUCCCCUGAGGAGCAGGAGGCUGAGGCUGCCGACGCCGAGGGGACACUAUCGAAGAUUGGCAGCACCAUCAGCAAGCUCUUCACCUCUUCUGAUGAGAAGAAAGAUGAGCAAAAGCAAGAAAAGGAUGAGAAAGCAGAAGAGAAGCAAAGUGAAGACAGUUCGGGAAAGGAAGGUCAAGGGGGAGGAGACGCUGCCAGACAAGAAGGUGAAGGGAAAGAGCAAAAGUCUGACGACGAGAAAUCGGCUGGAGAGAAAUCCGAAACGGAGGAGAAAAAUGCUAAAGAGGGUGCUGAAAAGGCAGAUGCGAAAAAUGUAACGAAGCCGACGGAAAAGAAGCCUAAAAUAAUUUUGCUGAAAGAGCCAAUCAAUGCAGCAGAAGAAAAGAGCGGUGUGCCAGCUCUUAAUAGCGAGCAGUUCGAGUCAUCGAUCAAGAAAUUGGAGUCCCUGAACGAAUUUGACGAACAGAGAAAGCGCCGUGAGAGUGCCCUCAAUGCCCUGGAGAGUUUUGUUUUUGAUGCACAAAAUAAGUUGUAUGCAGAUGAGUACCAAGCAGCUGCAACGGAGGAGGAGCUGGAGAAAAUCAAGCAAACCUGUGCAGAGGUGUCGGACUGGUUGUACGAAGAUGGCUCGGAUGCAGAUGCGCAGGCUUACGAGGACAAAUUGUCGGAGCUAAAGCAGUUGACACGGCCCUUGUUCCGCCGUGUCUGGGAACAUCAAGAGCGACCGACUGCACUCAGUUCUCUUGGUGAAAUAAUAGAAAUGAGCUCAAAGUUCCUAGAUGGUGCAAAGAACGGUUCAGAAAUAUUUACAUCUGUGGAACUCGAAACACUGGAGAAGGUCAUAAAGGAAACAAAGGAGUGGAAGCAAAAGAUGGAGGAGGACCAAGCUCAGCUUAAGUUGUCUGAUACGCCUAAGCUUACAGUCAAAUCCAUAACGGACAAAAUCUCUCUCCUGGACCGGGAGGUCAAAUACUUGAUUAAUAAAGCAAAGAUAUGGAAGCCUAAGAAGAAAGAAGACACCAAAGAGAAAGCAGAAGACACGUCAUCUUCAGGAAGCAAAGACAAAAAUGAAACUACCACAGACGAAAAAACUGAAUCAGAUCAACCAGUCCCCGACUCCACCUCUGAUGACGGAGAAGAGAGGAGUCCCGACAUGGACCCCGAGGCCGUUCCGCUCCCGGAGGACGUGACGGGUGGUGCUGAGGAGGGCGGACCGGCGGUGCCCGAGCCGGAUUUGCCGGCUUCAGCAGACCCUCUGUCCAGCGACAAGAAAGCGGAUGUCGUGAAAGACCUCUCUCAGGAGCAGCCUUCCUGGUUUGCCUCGGCUGUUGUUGUGUGUGCUAUCCAUGCCUUGUUUGCAAUCAUCGCUGCGUGAGAUUACACGCACACGCGCACACACACAAACACAAAAUAAAAGGACGGGGAAAGCCACACAGAACUGUAACGUUUGAAGACUGUAGAGUUCCUUACCUCCACUGAUUUGUGGAAGGUGUGAUUUAAUUCCGGAAGAUUAAAACACUUCGUUGUCGCAUUUAGUGGCCCCGGUGUGGGGAGAGAAUAAAGGGACCUAAACUGUACAGACUUAAUUGUAAGGUGCGAGUGAGUGCGUGUGUGAGAUCUAUUUGUUGCACAAACCGUGUGUUUGUUUUUCUUUGGAGUCCUCCCCUGCUGUUGUUCUCACCCCUAUUUUUAUUCUGUAUAAACAUUUGUCACAAUUAUUUAUAUUAUUUAUAAAAGACAUUUUUGUCAGCAUCCAGUUGUUUAAAAUUGGGUCAUGUAGUUAUACAAUGAUGUUUAAACAUUGUCACAUUAGAAGUGUGUGGAAUGGCUGCAAGUUUUUUGUUUGUGUAAUCUUGAGCACAUCUCACAUAACUGUGGGAGAGAUCCAGUGUCACAGGCUCACUCGCCUGUGCAUUUAUGAUAAAUUUUUCAUGUUGUUUGUCUUGUUGAGAAGUAGCAUCCUGUAAAUAUUCAUCUUGUGUGAUGUUAGUUGUCAUUGGCGUGAAACAAGUUAUCACUUGUAGAAUCUGUUGAACAAAAAUUAUGCAUACAACCAAUUUUGGCAGUGCACACUGCACCUCGUGUGUUUCCUUACCUGUUUUUGCGAAAGUAUUCGACCACCUAAUUAAAGAGCAAGAAAAUUGUUUGCAUACCAGUUAUGUGGCAAGGAAAAUGUGUAACCGAAAAUUGUGCGUUGUGGUUUAUUUUGAGAAUUGCAGACAAAACAGAUGUAAUUGUUAUAUUUAUUCAGAUAAAGUGUCAACAUUUUUUUGUAUUGCCCUUAAUUUGAGUAAGUGUUUAACUGUUUGAAUAUCUGUAAGAUCUUUGCCGUGAAUACCUUAUUUGUACAUAUUUUGAUUUAAAUUCCUGUGUGUGUUGUACUUUUCCUUCAGAAAAUAUAAAUGUGGGAUCUCAAUGAUUA